AUGUCCACUCCUACUCCCAGCGGUCGGCCUCUCCUAACCCUCAGCCCUGAGCUCACCACGUACACUCCCCGAUUCGACGCUGACAUCUUUUCUAACAACCGUGCAAACAUGGGCAACAUGGGCAACACGGGGGUGCCCAAGAACCACAGACAGUCGAACAACCAGACUGCCGGACCCGCCAUGUCCAGCAACCACACGCAGCCGUCAUACCAGAUGCCUGACAUCUUUGCCGACACGGCCAUGGAACGCAUAACCGUCGACAGCCCCUCCAACGCCAACCUCCGCGACGACAUCGCCGCCCGCCUGAAAUACACCAUCAACUUCAAAGCCAACCGGCUCGGCUUCCGAUCGCGCGACGGCUUCCACUACAACGUCACUGUCGAGACGACAUGGGCCGAUCGCGACCUAGAGGCCCCGUUCUUCUCGACCCCAACACCGCUGACCUACGACCCCGACUGGCAACUACCCGCGGUGGCUAAAGUAGAGAGCAAUGCGUGGGAGGUCCGGGCCAUCGUAACGGCCGAAAUCCCCACACAGGACAUGCUGGACCAGGCGCGGUGGGCAAAGCAAGGCUUGGUGGUCAAUAGGGACAGGGUAGUUGCGAAGUGCUGGGAGGAGGAGCUAAGGAGCUGGGAGAACCUUAUCAUAGGAGGCCGCGCUGUGCCCCCAACAACCACCAACACUACCGCAGACGGCGACGCGAGGACCGAUUCUGCGCACCCUGUGGGCCAACAGAAGCCCAUUUGCACCAUCCCAGGCCCCGCUUACGGCCUCCCGGUGGGCCUUGGCCCGGGAGAAAUCACCCUCGGCGUGCUGGAGGGCGAGGAGGUGGUGCGGGGGCAGAGGUUCGCGGCGCCCCCGCACCUGCACGGCUUCCAGAGCGAGCGUGAGGCUCUAAAGGCGAUGUACCACCUCGCGGUGGCCCAUGAGAGGAGAACGGCCCCUGAGGAGGCGGCGGCGAAACGGGAGAGGGAGGCGGCGAGGCAGGUGGAGGAGCAGGCGAAGGAGGCGGAGGAGCAGGCGGCGGCGGAGAAGGAGAGGAGGAGGGAGAGGAAGAACCAGCUGGCGCGGGAGGCCAGGCUGAGGGCCCGCGAGGAGCGGGAGGCGAGCAGGGGAGGGAGGGGAAGGAGGGGUGGAAGGGGCCGGAGAGGGGCCGCGUAG